ACGGUGUAAAGUUAUACUGUUACAUAUGCAGUAAAAAUAAAUGUUGCACUUUUUUCCAGUAUUGGUGUACAGAUGCAUUGUAGUAGCUAAUUAAACAUAAUAUAUUUUUCAUUUGCAGUAUGCUUUUUAGCUAAUGUGUUUCUUUGCCAUAUUGUCUGACAGAGGGUGUUAGAACCAUUUGUGCGUGAUGAGUGCUUGAGAACGCCAACAUGCACUGAACCAGAUAGAGGGCCCAAGACAAGAAGCGUUUGACUGGUUUCAGCAGUGGCAAAAAGUUCUGAGAGGUCCUGUCACGGCUUACCUUCACUCUUCACCGUCAACCCGACCAUAAAGGAUGGAUGACACCUCAUAGACCUUGACCAGUUGCAUGGCUGAACUGACCGGAGGCGAUAAAUGUUCACUCCAACUUUGUUUCCCCGAGUUUGAUUGGAACAUGUGAACGCCAGCAGGAUGAAGGCAGCGGCGUGGAGUUUUCUCCUCCUGUACGUGUGCGAGCGCAUGCAAACCGUGUCCGUGGCCGGGGUCCAAGGCUCAGCAGUUGCCCCAACGGACACAACAGCUUCCACAUGCUCUGCUCCUGUUACCCCCACGGACGACGAGACCACUGGACUGGUGGAUUGGCUGACGAGGUAUGGCUACCUCCCCCCCUCGGACUCCUCCACUGGACAGCUACAAGCCUGGACAGCUGUCACUCAUGCUGUUAGCGCCAUGCAAAGGUUUGCAGGCCUAGAGGAGACAGGAGUUGCAGAUAAGCAGACGCUGGCUCUGAUGCGAGCCCCGCGAUGUUCACUGCCAGACAAAGGGGAGGAGCCCAAACCACUGGCCAAUCAGCUCCAGGAGGGGCAGGGCCUGAGGAGAAAGAGGGCUGUGACAACAUGGACAAGAAGGAACAUCAACUGGAGGUUGCGUUCAUACCCCACCUCUUCCUCCCUCUCCCGCGAGACGAUUCGCUCUCUAGUGUUCUACGCCCUGAGGGUGUGGGCAGAGCCAACCCCGCUGGAGUUCCACGAGGUGGGAGGCCCAGAAGGGGCGGAUCUGCAGGUGGACUUCCUUCACGGUUUCCAUGGUGACGGCUACCCAUUCGAUGGUGCAGGAGGAGCUGUCGGCCACGCCUUCUUCCCUUCUGACCUCGCCAGAGCGGGCGGUGUACACCUAGAUGCCGAGGAGGAGUGGGUGUUCCGCCAGCCAGCCUCUGAGGGAACGGACUUGUUCACCGUGCUGGUGCAUGAAUUGGGCCACGCCCUGGGUUUGUCCCACUCGUCUGCCAGGCGCUCUGUGAUGAGACCUUACUACCAGGGCCCCGUAGGAGACCCGCUAAACUACCGCCUGGGCCCCAACGACCUGGAGCUCAUCACCAGGCUCUAUGGUAAUAGAAAUCAACUCAUGGUCACAGACGUUCCUCGGUUGGUUCCUGAACCUCAGCUACAGCAUCGCGACGGACACCGACACCGACACAGCCAUUCUGUAGACCGCUGCAACACUAGCUUUGAUGCAGUGGCUAAGAUUAGGGGAGAGACAUUCUUCUUUAAAGGGCUGAGUAUUUGGAGGGUCAGUACUGGGGGGCUGGUGUCGGGCCGAGGGGCCUCGGUGAGGAGGCUGUGGGGGGGUCUGCCCCCUAACCUGCCCCCCCUGCAGGCUGUGUUGGAGAGACACUCAGACCAUGCCAUCAUAUUCAUCACUGAGUCCCAGUUUUGGCUGUUCAAUGACCUCUCUCUCCAGGAGGGCUACCCCCGCCCCCUCUCAGCUCUGAGGAAAUGGGGAGAGACAGAAGGAAAGGGGGGAGGAGAGGAAGAAGAGGUGGAGCAGGGCCUGAUGUGGGAUCCAAAAGAAGGACCCGUGUGGGGGGAGAUUGGAGAGGGGGAAGCAGGAGGAGGAGAGGAAGAGGAGAGUAGCACCUGGGCUGACCUUAUCAGAGGAGGAGUGAAUGGGAUUACCACUGAGAGAGACGGCUCCGUCUAUCUCUUCAAAGGAGAUUCCUAUUGGAAGUUCCCCUACCCACGCUCUGCCCCGGAGGCAGGAUAUCCCCGAUCCCUGGCCACCGAUUGGUUGGACUGCCCUCACCCCUCCGCACCUGUCCUAGACGACCUAUCGCUCUCUCUGCCUCCCCCUACUGGACGGCAGGAGCUCCGCGAGAGGGGGAGAGAAGAGAGGGGAGGCCAGAGGAAGGGCUUGGACAGACACAGAGACAUAGACAGAGAGGGACUGGAGAACUGGCCAUGCUCUUGCUUGAAUGGAGCAACAGGAGGCAGCACGAGUGUGACAUCGUUCAUAAGUGCCCUGCUAUUGACUCUCUUCCCACUGAUAACAGUGUGAUGUUGGGCUACGUCCCAAUAUUCUACGAUGGCCUCCCCCCUCUCAACCCCGUCUGUCCCAUGGCUAUGUCCCAAUACUCUACGAUGGCCUCCCACCUCUCACCCCCUUCUAUCGCAUGGCUACGUCCCAUAACUACAAUGGCCUCCUCCUCUCACCCCAUUCUUGGCAAGCCAGAGGUUGUGGCUGCCGUUGUCAAUGGUGCUAGGCCCUUUCUCACCUUCCUCUAUGACAAAGUUUUCCAUUCACCCUUACAAUCCAUUGCACAUACCUACACUUAGGGCUGUGGUAUAGGGGUUACGGGAAGUUGGGAAUUUUGGACACAACGAAGAAGUCCCUCCACACUAAAGGAGGAAUGUUUGUCCUGUACAUUUGGAUAUUUCAGCAGAAUCCGUCUCUGUCUAUCUGUGAAAUGUAUCCCUUUGCACCUUGUUGUAUAGCCAAAGCUCAAUGAUUGUGUAAUUAUGGCCAAUUUCAGAAAAUGUUAUCUAACGAAAUAAAAUAAAAUAUUGUCUUCA